GUCGUUCGACGUCCUGUGCGGGGUCCAUGAUCGAGAUGUCACAGAUGCCUGCCCGAGCAUCUUCAAACAACAACAGAGCGGGGAGUGAUCAUGACAUCGCGAUUGCCCCCACGUCCAUUUCUCCUGCCGGCCACUCACUCGUAUUUGUCGUGAGGUGCAUCCGGUAUGAAGUCGUCGUUGCGAUACAGAGUAUGAGCGAAAGCGGGGACCAUUUCAAACACUGGGAUUGCGAGCGGGUGGAGCUCUCCACCCAUGCUGAGGAAGACCGGCAAGGUAUCGGACACACAUCAGCGUUCACACACACACGCGUUCUGAUGGCAGUGUCACCGGCAAACAUCCCCGAGGAAAAACCGCUCAUGGAUCUAUAGCGAAAGACUGAGGGACACGGCAAGCGCGGGAGCCUUCAGUCGGGAUAAACUGAUCGUAGGCGACCUGCGAGCCUUGCAGCACGAUGACGAUACUUAACACUAGGAGUUGAAGGACUGAGAUGCAUCUGAGAGCGCCACAGAAGCCUGGCUGAUGCUCCACUGGGGCAAUCCAAAGGUGAGAGCAAAAGAGCAAUGAUCAUGAGCAAACCACAGUGGUCACGUGCAAGUGUCAAUCUGGAGUUGAAGUAACUGAAGUACUUCCACUUCGGUAGGCCGUG